AUGGCCACAACGCAGUUCGGAAUUUUAUCAAUUUUUGACCACAAUGUGCAGUCAUGGAAUACGUACAAAGGCCGCCUCACGCAGUGGUUCAUUGCAAAUAAUAUUACUUCUGCAACUGAUGUCCGAGGGGAAAAAAGAAGAGCGAUACUCCUGAGCGCACUCUCUGACGGUACAUACCAACUAGCGUCAGAUCUUGCACUGCCUAAGGAAGUCCAAGAGGUGUCAUUUGAGGAUAUCUUGAACAUCCUGGAUAGACAUUUUACACCAAAGCGUCACGGGUUUAGUGAAAGAAGUACGUUUUACUCGGCAAAGCAACAUCCAGGCGAAUCACACGUUCAGUGGGCCGCAAGGCUUCGUGGGUUGACAGCUCACUGCUCAUUCAGCAAUGUAGAAGAAGCAUUACGAGAUAGAUUUGUAAUGGGGAUGUUGCCGGGACCCGAGCGCGAGAAGUUGUUCGCUCAGGAACUGGCAGAGUUAUCUUUGACAAAGGCAGUCGAACUGGCAGAGACGGUACGGUGCGCGCGCAUCGCCGCAUCCACCUCCGCCUCAGGAUAUGCAGCAGCGGUGCUCCCUGACAUCAAAGAAGAUCAGCUUCUCAAGAUCACUGAAGGUGCACCCAAUUCCAAACGAGUGGAAAAGUGUUCCGUGUGUGGACGUUCUAACCACAGUUCAGCAAAGUGUCGGUUUGCACAGUAUAAGUGUAAAAAGUGUAAUAAAAAAGGUCACUUACAAAAAAUGUGUAAAUUGAAUUACGUUGAAGUUAAGGAGGUGGAUGAGAGCGGGGACGACGGUAAGUUGUUUAACGUACAUUCUAGGAAUGGAGAACCCAUAAUUGAGCUGGUGACAAUUAAUGGCAUUCCGUUAAAAUUUGAAAUUGAUAGUGGGUCGGCGGUGUCGGUAAUAUCUAAAGACACAUACGAUUUAUAUUUUAAUAGCAUUCCCUUACAGCGAAGCGCUAAAAAAUUGACAUCGUAUACCGGUAACAAUAUUAAUUCCGCAGGACUAAUAAGGGUGCCGGUAAUAUACUCGGGGCAGACGGCCGAACUUAAUGUUUACGUAGUGCCCGGCGGCGGACCGCCGUUAUUGGGUCGUGAUUUUAUGUCGAUUUUUAAAAUUAAAUUAGUUAAGUGUAAUUUUGUAUCAAACACGGAAAACAUUAUGCUGAAAUUUCAGCAACAAUAUCCUGAAGUGUUUUCCGAUAAUCUUGGUGCAUUCAAUAAAUAUAAAGUAAAGUUACAAUUAAAACCAAAUUCACAGCCUAUUUUUUUUAAAGCACGACCAGUAGCUUUUUCACUUAAAAAUAAAAUAGACGAAGAAAUCGACAGAUUAGUAGAUUUAGGGAUUUUAAAACCCGUGGAAUAUUCCGAAUACGCCUCUUUUAUAGUACCGGUAUUAAAACGAAACGGUACUGUAAGACUUUGUGCCGAUUAUUCAGUAAGUAUUAACAAGCAGUUAAUAGUGGAACAAUAUCCAUUGCCGUCAAUAAACGAGUUAUUUGCGAAAUUACACGGCGGACAACAAUUUUCCAAAAUAGACUUGUCGAUGGCGUAUAACCAAUUUAUUUUGGACGACGAUUCACAAAAAAUCACAUGUGUCAACACUCAUCGCGGGUUAUAUAAAUAUACGCGCAUGGUGUUCGGACUUUCCUCUGCGCCGUCGAUUUUCCAACGUGCGAUGGAUUGUGUACUGUCGGGGUUAGAUGGAGUGCUAUGCCUUUUAGACGAUAUUUUAAUCACAGGAAAAAAUGAUACCGAGCAUCUCGAGAGGUUACACGCGGUGUUUAAUAGGCUAAGGGAUGCAGGCCUAGUAGUACAAAAAGAAAAAUGUGAAUUCUUUCAAGAAGAAGUAAAUUACUUAGGAUACACUAUUGAUAAAUACGGGUUAAAAAAGUCACAUGAGAAGGUAAAAGCAAUUGUAAAAGCACCGGUUCCAACUAACACAAAUAAACUGCAGUCGUUUUUAGGGUUGGUUAACUAUUAUAGGAAUUUCGUAAAAAAUGCAUCUAGCAUUCUAAGCCCGCUAUACGAUCUUUUGAAAAAAGGUACUCAGUGGUGUUGGUCGCGUGUACACAGUGACGCUUUUAAUAAAAUAAAAAAGUGUUUAGCGUCCGAGACAGUCCUAGUGCAUUUUAACCCUAAUAAUAAAAUAAUUUUAACUGUCGACGCUUCCCCGACUGGGUUAGGAGCGGUGUUAUCACAGGUAGACAGCGACGGAGUUGAGAGACCUAUUUCUUUUGCAUCGCGCACUUUAAAUACGUCAGAAAAAAGGUACUCUCAAAUCCAGAAGGAGGCAACUGCAAUUAUUUUUGGUGUGAGACGUUUCCAUCAAUAUUUAUAUGGAAGAUCGGAACCAUUUAUUUUACGCACUGACCACAAACCACUCAUAACUAUAUUCGGUCCUUACAAAGGUAUCCCGGAGGUGUCUGCAAAUAGGCUACAAAGGUAUGCGUUAUUUCUUAGUGGCUACAAUUAUCGCAUAGAAUACAUCCGUAGCGUAGACAAUUGUGCGGACUAUUUAUCGCGAGCGAGCUUGCCCGAUAUCACGGGGGACGCGGGGAGCAGUGUGAACAGCGACGGCUCAAGCAUACACAUAGGCGCUGACACACUCGACCGCGCAUCUUACAUUAACUUUGUCACAGAUGGUAGCCUUCCUGUGACACGUAACAUAUUACGUGACGUCACGAGUAAGGAUAACGUUCUAAAUAAAGUAAAAAAAUAUGUGAUGGACGGGUGGCCUAGAAAGCUGUAUGAUAUAAACAUAAAACCUUAUUUUUUAUGUAAAACACAGUUAUCUUUUGAAGAUGGAUGCUUAAUGCGAGGGCACAAAAUAGUUUUGCCUGAGCGGUUGCGGUUUAAGAUUCUGUCCGAGUUACACAAUUCCCAUCUUGGUGUGGUAAAAACAAAAGCGGAAGCUCGGUCUAGGUUUUGGUUCCCGGGUAUUGAUACAGCCAUAGAAAAAAUGAUCGGUUCAUGCAAAAUAUGCACCCAGCUGCGUCAUUCCCCACCACGAACGCCUAUAUCACCAUGGAAAUAUCCUCCAUUACCAUUUUAUAGGAUCCAUAUGGACUUCUUAGGACCGUUUCAUGGUCAUAUGUACUUAGUAAUUGUGGAUGCUUAUACAAAAUGGGUGGAAGUAUACGAAGUACCGUCUACUUCGUCGUCUGUGAUCGAAAAACUCUACGAGUAUAUAUCGAGAUUCGGAUUACCUCAAACUAUCGUGACCGACAACGCGGCUACAUUUACUUCAUACGAGUUUAAAAAUUUCUGUAUGGUUAACGGUAUCACACAUGUAACGUCACCGCCGUAUCACCCCGCUAGUAACGGUCAGGCUGAAGGGUACGUUAAAAUAGUGAAAAAGGGGUUAAAAUCAUGUUUACUUUCAAUUAAUAACAAUAAUAAAAAAGAAUAUAAAUUAAAAUUACUUAAAUUCUUAUUCGAUUAUAGGAACUCCUUACAUAGCACAACUUCUUUGUCACCUGCUCAAUUAGUUUUCGGUCACAAGUUGAGAUCACGGUUGGACUUAAUGAGCCAUGUUAUACCGCCUUCAUCCACAUCCUUGGAAAAUAAAGUCCAAAACAAACAGUAUUUGCAGAUUAAGGCACAUGGGGGAAAAUAUGCGAAGCCUUUUGAAACCGGGGCAAAGGUUUUGUAUAAAAAAUUUAAAAAUAAUAACACAUAUAAUUGGUGUCGUGGCGUUGUAAUAAAAAGAAUAGGCAAAGUCACGUAUAUAAUAAAGGAUAUAUAUACGUCAGCAAGUGUAAAAAAACACAAAAAUCAAAUCAUGCGUGACCAAGGACCAUGUCACGAUGAACAACAAAAUUUCGACAUUGAUUUUGACCGUCAAAAUUUAACUGAUAACACCAGGAAAGAAAAUAUCACAAUGCCGGCUUCAGACGAGCCGCAAACUACCUGCGGGGAAGAGGAAUUGGUGCAAAAUGACGAAAUGAAUAUAUUAACUUUGGCCUCUCAAUACAUUUGUGAAAAUGUAAUCUACGUACACAAAAAUAAAAGUAGUUUUACAAAAAUAAGUGACAUUCAUUCUGUAAAUACUAGAAACAGACACAAGCUAGUAGUACCAGUUACUCGACUCCAUCGAGUCAGCAAUUCAUUAAUAAAAUUCCAGAAAAUAUACGAAAUAUGA